AUGUGGGUGUUCCUCUUUCUCGCGGUGCAGAGCAGUGCUGGCUGCCAAGAGCUGCCCCACGUGGGUGUCGGCAGAGCGCGGGUGGAGCGCGGAAUGCACGCGGCUCAAAGAGGGGCAGUGGGAGAGAGAGUGAAUGUCACUGUGACUCUGGGAGCCCACAACAUAAGGAGGCAAGAAGAGAGCCAGCAGAAGAUCCCUGUUGAAAGAUGGGUCAUCCAUCCUGAAUAUUCCCGUAAAGGCUUCAAAAAUGACAUUGUGCUGCUGAAGCUGAAGAAAAAAGCCGAGAUCAAUGAUUAUGUGCGAUGUAUCUCCAUUCCCAAGGAAAAUGAAAGUGUGCGAGUAGGAGAUUUAUGCACGGUGUCAGGCUGGGGCCGGACAUCUCUGGAUCCACCAGAGAUGAGGGGGAGUGAUGUCUUGAUGGAGGUGGAUCUGGAGGUGCAAUAUGCGGAAAUAUGUGAGCAGCGUUUCCGGAACUAUCAGUGUCAGUCUAUGAUCUGUGUUGGUGAUGAAAACCGUAAAAAAUCAACUUACAAGGGUGACUCUGGUGGCCCAUUGGUCUGCAAUAAGAAGGCUCAUGGCAUUGUUUCUCGUGGAAAAUCAGGCCACCUCUUUCCUAAGGUAUUCACCAGGAUCUCCCACUUUGAGCCCUGGAUCCGCAAGAAGCUGCAAGGUUUUUCACGCAAGCUGGAUUCAAACCCUGAGUGUGAGAAUGAGGAGGUGACUGACAUUGUGUCUGGUCCGUCGGGGUCCAUUGGCAGAUAUGCCAAGCGUGGCCGUGCCCUGCCUCUGCUGCCAGCAGUCCGGAUCACAGUUCAGCCACUGGCUGGGGUCCUAAACAACCAGAGGCAUCCAAUAAUUGUCGACCCAACUCCAAAGGAUCAGUGCAAAGGAAAAUAG